UGAUUAAAGUGCAUAUUCCAAAGCCUAACAAAGUUUUACAAUGACAUGGUACAAAACAAUCCAUUAUCCCCUACAUUCAAAAUAAAGCGAGUGGUGUUGUCUCUGAGUUUUGUGGUCUUCCAAGUUCUGCACGCGCCUUUUUCUCUUUGAUCGUUUUUUGGCUAAGUUAGCCUCAGCCUUGCAGAUCUGCCAGUCACUGCUGCUGAGCAAGAAAUGGGGUUCAUCUCAAGGAAGAUCUUCCCAGCUUGUGGAAGCAUGUGUGUGUGUUGUCCUGCUUUGAGGUCAAGAUCUAGACAACCUGUUAAACGUUAUAAGAAAUUAUUGUCUGAAAUUUUCCCCAAGUCCCCUGACUCCCCUCCCAAUGAAAGGAAAAUUGUCAAAUUAUGUGAAUACGCUGCCAAAAAUCCUUUCCGAAUUCCCAAGAUUGCCAAGUAUCUUGAAGAAAGAUGCUACAAAGAGCUGCGCUAUGAGCACAUCAAAUUCAUUAAUAUUGUUACAGAAGCUUACAACAAGUUGCUUUGCAUGUGUAAGGCGCAGAUGGCAUAUUUUGCUGUUAACUUGCUGAAUGUUGUUACUGAACUGCUCGAUAACUCUAAGCAAGAUGCUAUGCGGAUCCUUGGAUGCGAAACCUUGACUACGUUCAUCUAUAGUCAGGUGGAUGGAACUUACACACAUAGCAUCGAAAAAUUUGUUCAUAAAGUGUGUAAGUUGGCACAUGAGGACAGGGAAGAACAUCAGAGACGUUGCUUGAAAGCAUCUAGCUUGCAGUGCCUUUCUGCCAUGGUCUGGUUCAUGGCUCAAUAUUCCUAUAUCUUUGCUGCUCUUGAUGAGAUGGUAUAUGCCACUUUAGAUAACUAUGAGCUAGACACUCGUAUUGAUGAUGAUAAUGAGAGAGAACCCCAUCAUAAUUGGGUAGAUGAAGUGGUUCGGUGUGAGGGUAGAGGUGCCAUUGUGGCCUGUGAUUCCAGUCCUAGCAACAUGAUUAUCCGGCCUCAACCAGAGAAAAAGGAUCCCUCUCUUUUGACAAGGGAAGAGAUUGAGACGCCUAAAGUUUGGGCUCAAAUUUGUAUUCAAAGAAUGGUUGAGCUGGCAAAGGAGAGUACGACAUUGCGCCAAGUACUUGAUCCAGUAUUUGUCUACCUUGAUUCUCGACGGCACUGGGUUCCUCAGCAGGGGUUGGCAAUGGUGGUUUUAUCUGACAUGUUGUACUGGGAGUCUUCAGGGAAUCACCAACUUAUUUUAGGUGCUGUUAUACGUCAUCUAGACCACAAAAAUGUGUCCCAUGACCCUCAGCUGAAAUCUAAUAUCGUACAAGUAGCGGCUGCUUUAGCUAGGCAAACUAGAUCUAGAGGGGUGCUUGCCGAAACUGGUUUCGUUAGUGAUCUAUGCAGGCAUCUGAGAAAAAGUUUCCAAGCCACUCUUGAAUCGGUAGGGCAGCAAGAGUCAAACUUAAAUAUCUUGCUUCAAAAUUCCAUUGAAGGCUGCUUGUUGGAAAUAGCAAAAGGGAUUGAUAAUGCACUACCUCUGUUCAACAUGAUGGCAAUAUCACUCGAGAAGUUGCCUUCUUCUGGCAUUGUUGCUCGUGCAACAAUUGGAUCAUUGAUGGUCCUUGCUCAUAUGAUUUCAUUAGCAUUAAUCUCCUCUCGCUCACAACAGGUGUUUCCUGAAGAUCUUCUUGUUCAACUGAUGAAAGCAAUGUUGCAUCCCAAUGUUGAGGUCCGUAUGGGAGCACACCACAUAUUUUCAGCUCUUCUUAUUCCAAGUUCUAGUCAUCCUCGACAUGAAGUUGCAUCUCUGCAUUCCGGUUUUGUCUAUGAACCGAGAAGAUGGCGUUCCACCAAUGCUUCUGCAUUUGCAUCCAUAUCAGCAUUACUUGAAAAGCUCCGAAGGGAAAAGGAUGGCAUUAAAUCGGAAAAGAAUGGUUAUAAUAUUCAUGAAGAUUUUAAAGGAAAGGACAAUAUGGAGGAGGACUCGAAACAAGGCCUUGUCGUGAAGAGUUCCCGUAACAUCUAUACUAUAUCCUCUAUUAUUGACCGAACGGCUGCAUCAAACAUGGUUGAGGCAGAACCAUACAUCAUGAAGCUGACAGAGGAUCAGAUAAUGCAGUUACUGUCAGGUUUCUGGAUACAGGCCACUCUUUCUGAUAAUUUGCCUUCAAACAUAGAAGCCAUAUCACACUCUUCCGUGUUGACGUUAAUUUCUUUACGAUUGAAGAACAUUAAUGACAAUCUUGUUGUCCGCUUCUUCCAACUUCCCUUGUCUCUAAAGGAUAUCUCCUUGGACCCUAGCAAUGGGACGUUAACUCCAGCAUUCCAGCGAUCAAUCCUUAUGCUGUCAAUGAGCAUGCUGAUGUUUGCAGCUAAGAUAUAUCAAAUACCUGAUCUGAUCGAUCUCAUCAAGUCCAUAGUUCCAUUUGAUGCUGAUCCUUAUCUAGGCAUCAAUGAAGACUUUCAAGUGUUUGUAAGGCCUCAAGCGGAUGUCAAAUGUUAUGGAUUUGUUUCUGAUAACCAAAGGGCCUCUUCUUUGCUAUCGGAGUUGCGGGAUAAAAUAGAUGAAUCCAACAACAUCUUGAUGGAUAUCUUGGUUCGAAAUUUAUCAACCAUUACUGAGCUCGAGAUAGAUGAUCUUAUGAAGCAGUUGUCAGAGCCAUUCACACCUGAUGAUGCAUUCAUGUUUGGUCCACGAUCUAUUCUUGACUUGGACCACAAUCAAAUGACUCCCUACUCAAAAGAGUCUCUUUCUUUUGAUGAGGAUGUUCGAACAAGUCAAUUACUUGAAGAUGAUGCAAGAAGUGAAGCAUCUGUCCUCGACCUGUCCCACUUCAUUCCUAAAGCGCCCGCAUCCCCUUCUAUCUCCAAUGUUAUUAACAUUGGACAACUCUUGCAAUCGGCACUCGAGGUGGCUGGUCAAGUUGCAGCAACAUCAGUCUCUACAUCACCUCUCCCGUACGAUACCAUGGCUAGCCAAUGUGAAGCAUUCGGCACAGGUACAAGGAAGAAGCUCUCCAACUGGUUGGCCCAUGAAAAUCAUCAAAAUGAAGCUGCUGAUAAAACUAUACUGACAACCGCUGCUGCUGAUAGACACACGAUGAUGCUGAAGAAGAUUUCAAACGGGAAUGCUUUUAACGGUGCUGUCUCGCAGCUCGACCCAUGCUUGUCAAUGAGGUUGCCUCCUGCUAGCCCGUUCGACAAUUUCCUUAAAGCAGCCAGACAUUAAACAAGGAUAUUGUAGUUGUUUUUAUGUUGUAAAGUUGUAGGAAGUAACUAGAUUGUAGUAACCCUUAGGUUUUGAAAGUUAGUGAUAAUUUGAGGGCAUACAUUCCCUACUAUUACUAAUCCUUCUUGUGGUUUGUGUGUAUCUUCUUCGUCAAAGUCGAAUGAACUAAUUUGAAGCCAA